GUUCGUUACUCGUUGUGUGCUGCGUUACUUGUUGCUCCGUAAUUUUUAAGAAAAAGUGUUUUAAACCGUUGUUUUAACUAUAUAUUUUUGUGCAUAAACAUUUUAUCAACUUUUCCACACGUUAUACAACAAAAUGCCGCGUCGACCUCAAGAGGAAUCGUCGCCUUCACGUAGGUCUGCAAUGACUUCUCCCGUGCAGGAUUUUGAACCAUUUGAGGAUGAGGGUGAUCUUUUGGGUGAUUCUCAAGCUGAAAUUGAAGAUGAAGGUGAAGGAGAAGAGUUAUUCGGGGAUAAUAUGGAAGAUGAUUAUCGCCCAAUGCCUGGCUUGGAUCGUUAUGACCCAGCGAUCCUGGACGAUGAAGAAGACUACGAUGACAUGUCCCAAGGUGACCGGCGUGCUGCCGAGUUGGAAAUGCGUAAACGCGACCGAGAAGCCGGCAUUUUUCGGCGCGAUGACCGCGAAUUAUUCUACGAUAAAGAAGACGACGAUGAAGAUCCACGCGCAAAACGCCGUAAAGCUGAAAAAGCAGCCACUGGUGAACUGGAGGACACCGAGAUGAUCGAAUCCAUCGAGAAUCUUGAAGAUACUAAAGGUUACACCAUAAAAGAAUGGGUUUGUAUGGUUGGUCCGCGCACAGAAAUCGUAAAUCGUUUCAAAAACUUCCUGCGUACGUAUGUCAACUCAAAAGGCUCUUAUGUUUACAAAGAACGUCUUCGGCGCAUGUGUGAAAACAAUCAGGCGAGUUUCACGGUGGAAUUCCCUACUUUGGCGAAUAAGGAACAUGUUCUUGCUUACUUUUUACCCGAAGCGCCAUUUCAAAUGCUGGAAAUCUUCAAUGAAGUUGCCAAAGAGAUUGUUUUGAGCAUUUUUCCGAGUUAUGAACGUGUUACGAAUGAAAUUCACGUCAGGAUUUCGGAUUUACCAUUGAUAGAAGAGUUGAGAACCUUCAGGAAACUGCACGUCAAUCAACUAGUUAGAACUCUGGGUGUUGUCACAGCUACAACAGGAGUCCUCCCACAGCUGUCAAUUGUCAAAUAUGACUGCAACAAAUGCGGUUUUGUUCUUGGUCCGUUUGUACAAUCACAAUACGCCGAAGUUCAACCGGGAAAUUGUCCGGAAUGUCAAAGUCUUGGUCCGUUCAUGAUCAAUAUGGAGCAAACUAUUUACCGUAACUAUCAAAAAAUCACUCUACAAGAAUCUCCUGGACGUAUUCCUGCUGGUCGUGUACCACGUUCGAAAGAUUGCAUACUUUUAGCCGAUUUAUGCGAUCGUUGUAAACCCGGUGAUGAAGUUGACGUGACAGGAGUUUACACUAACAGUUACGAUGGUUCUUUGAACACAGAUCAAGGUUUUCCUGUGUUUUCUACGGUAAUCUUCGCGAAUCAUUUGGUAGUGAAAGAUUGCAAGCAGAUUGUGCAAUCUUUGACUGAUGACGACAUGAACGCCAUCAUUAAAAUGUCAAAAGAUCCACGAAUCGCUGAGAGGAUAGUCGCGUCUAUAGCGCCAUCUAUCUACGGACAUGAUUAUAUCAAACGCGCGCUUGCUUUGGCUUUGUUCGGUGGCGAGCCGAAGAAUCCCGGACAGAAACAUAAAGUCCGUGGUGAUAUUAAUGUCUUGAUCUGUGGUGAUCCAGGCACAGCAAAGUCGCAGUUUUUGAAAUUCGUUGAGAAAAUUGCACCGCGAGCUGUGUUUACAACUGGGCAGGGCGCAAGCGCGGUUGGUUUGACAGCGUAUGUCAGAAGAAAUCCACAGUCGAGGGAGUGGACGCUGGAGGCAGGCGCGUUGGUAUUGGCUGAUCAAGGCGUGUGUUUAAUCGAUGAGUUUGACAAGAUGAAUGAUCAAGACAGAACUUCCAUUCACGAAGCAAUGGAACAGCAGAGUAUUUCCAUCUCAAAAGCAGGUAUAGUUACGGCUCUACAAGCGCGUUGUUCGGUAAUCGCCGCGGCGAAUCCAAUCGGUGGUCGAUAUGACGCCAGUAUGACAUUUUCCGAAAAUGUCGCUUUGUCUGACCCAAUCCUCUCGCGUUUUGACAUCUUAUGCGUUGUACGUGAUGAAGUAGACCCGAUACAAGAUCAACAUCUUGCUAAAUUCGUGGUUGGCUCACACAUCCGCCAUCAUCCUUCUAAAAAAGACGAUCUAGACGACACUAGCGCCCUCAUCGAUGAACUAGCAAUCCCGCAGGAAAUGUUAAAGAAAUACAUCGUCUACGCUCGUGAAAAUAUUCAUCCUAAACUCCAAAAUAUGGAUGAAGAUAAAGUCGCGAAUAUUUACUCGCAACUUCGGCAACAGUCGUUCGAAACCGCGUCACUACCAAUCACAGUCCGUCAUAUUGAGAGCAUGAUACGUAUGGCUGAAGCGCAUGCGCGUAUUCACCUACGUGAAUAUGUAUCGGAUGACGAUGUCAGUAUGGCGGUGCGCAUGAUGUUGGAGAGUUUCGUCGAGACACAAAAGUACAGUGUCAUGCAGACAAUGCGUCAAAUCUUCCAGAGAUAUUUACUCUUCAAGAAAGAUCACGCCGAGUUGCUGUUUUAUAUUCUACGUCAACUGGCGCAGGAUCAGUUGACGUUUAUGCGCGGCACGAAUGGUACCGAAGCGCUCACGAUUGAAAUCGACGAGAAGGAUCUCAAGGACAAAGCGAAGCAGAUUGAUAUACAUGAUCUGAAGCCUUUCUAUAGAAGUAAGAUCUUCGAGACGAAUAAUUUCGUAUAUGAUGCGAAGAAGAAGGUUAUUAUACACACGGUGCCCGAAGCCAUGCUGGCAGAGGACUAGGCAACCAACAUUACAUUAAUUUAUGCUUAGAUUAGUUACCUUUCCGACCGUGCUAGAACCUUCGUGGUACGCUCUGCCGAUGUAUAAUCUUUCCCCAUCGGAGGUUUGACCUCCGCAAACUGCAUUGGGUGGUACCUGACCGCCGUAUGCAGGCACCCAUUGGAAACGCUGUUCGCACAAUACCUAAAUAUAGAUGUAAGUUAUUUUAUAA